UAACUUUAGUGCAGGCUACUUCAGUGGAGAUGGCCUCCUUUGUGGAAGUGAGAGGGAAACCAUGCAAAAUCUUAAUGACCGUCUGGCUUCAUACCUGAACAAAGUGCAGGAUUUAGAAGACGCCAAUGCCGACCUUGAAAGCAAAAUUAAGGCUUGGUAUGAGCAGCACUGCAAUGAUAACAAGCAAGUGAAGGACUACUCCAAAUAUUUCCAAAUCAUUGAGGAUCUCAAGAAGCAGAUUCAAGCAGCCACUCUGGAUAAUGCAAGAAUUGUACUCCAAGUUGACAAUGCCCGUUUGGCAGCUGAUGACUUCAAGAUGAAGUUUGAAAAUGAGUUGAGCCUCCGUCUUAAUGUGGAAGCUGAUAUUAAUGGCCUGCGUAAAGUACUGGAUGACCUCAGCUUGGCUAAAUGUGACCUUGAAGCUCAGAUUGAAAGCUUGACUGAGGAGAUUGUGUGUCUCAAGAAGAACCAUGAAGAGGAAAUGAAGAGCUUCCUAGGGGUCACAGGACAACUCUCUGUGGAGAUGAAUGCUGCUCCAGGAAAUGACCUCACUAAAAUCCUGAAUAAUAUGAGAGCUGACUAUGAAAGCUUAGCAGAGAAAAACAGAAGGGAGGCUGAAGCUCAAUUCAUUGAAAUGAGUCGAGUCCUCAAACAGGAAAUCUCAUCUGGUGCUGAGCUUAUCCAAUCUACCAGAAAUGAAAUUAUUGAUCUGAAGAGGUCCGUUCAAUCUCUAGAGAUUGAACUACAAGCCGCCCGUGCAAUGAAAACAACACUGGAAAGCUCCUUGGCAGAGACAGAAGGAAGCUACUGUCUGCAGCUUGGGCACAUUCAGGCAAAAAUAAGCAACUUGGAGGAAAUGUUGUGUCAAGUUAGGACAGAAAUGGAGAGUCAAGGCAUAGAGUAUGACCACCUUCUGGACAUCAAGACUAGGCUGGAGAAGGAAAUUGAAAUCUACCGCUGCUUACUUGACGGACAGGCCUAUGGCACACUCUAUACAUGAAUGCUCCUAUUAACUGAUACAAGUUCUUUCUCUUCAGAGCCACAAAAGUUCAGAAAGGUAAGGACCAUUAUUGAGGAAGUGGUUGAUGGAAAAACAGUGUCCCAGCAAGUUAAGGAACGCGAGGAGAAGGUCUGAUUGGUACCAUGAAGCCCUCCUGUAUCUUUUACACUCCGCUACAAUCUCCUGAACCUCUUUGGAUGUCCCCAUGAAGCUUACCUUUAGAGUUCUAUUUCUUCAAUUCUGAUAAUGCAUAAUAUAAUAUGAGAUGCUUGUGUCUUAGAAGGGUGAUUUCUGAUCAAUAAAGCUUUAUUCU